AUGUCCUUACUGCGGACUCAAACAUCCUUUACAACCCAGGGACAGAUGCCCUGCAUAUGGAUCUACGUGCCUGAACUGCAACAAAGGCAACCACUGGGCAAAAGUUUUCCAUUCCAACUACCAGAGAGGAACAAGAGGCAGAGGAACAGAGGAAACCCUGCAUCGCAUCCAUGCUCCAAGAGCAUAGAACAGUGUAACAGACAAAGAUCCACAAGUAGAAGAUGUAGAGAUGAAGAUGAAAGAGGGCUAAGGAACCAUUUUGAAACAAUUACUUUUGAAUCAGUCACAGUUGAUGCUAUUGUAUCUUACGCUCCACCCACAGAUGAAGCAUUUGUGACCAUGAAUGUUGACCUACACAACAGCAGCUGCCCAACUGCAGUUAAAGUCAUAUUAGACACUAGAGCCCAAGGAAACCUACUCCCCUUGAGACUGUAUCACAGUAUGUACCCUCAAAAUCUCACACCUGAAGGUUUCCCU